CCAAAUGCAUACAUGUAAAGGUAAAGGCUUUAGCAAAGGUUUGUGAUCACUGCACUGUAAAAAUGCAAAAAUAUUGGCAAUUCUACACCAGUCCUGUCUCCUAUCGCAGGUGUGCAGUGUUUACAGCAGGUGUCUAACCUCAGUCACACUUUUAUUACUCUGCACUGUUCAAUAAUUCACAGCCCACACGGGUGACAAUAGCUCACUGUUUCCCUCCCUCUCUCUCUCUCUCUCUCACACACACACACAGACACACACUAACACUCACAAACGCGACGAGACAGGAGAGGACACAGGAGACAAGGGGUAGACAGCACUGGGUCAUCUGUCAGUCUGUUUGUUUGUUGUUUAGUCAGUGGAUGUUGUUUAUUUGUUUGUUGUACCACGGUGUCAGAUCAGGAUGUCAGGACAAAACAGUGAUCAACUGCACCGCACCACUCUGGCCAUUUAUACGAGCAUACUGGAGCAGUUCAAUCCAGGUCUGCAGAGACUGGUGGCACUGGGAAACAGCUACAUUCAGGCUUUCCAAGCCCUGGCUGUCACCAGUGAAGCCUAUUUCAAUGCUCUGUCUAAGAUGGGUGAACAGGCCAUGCAGAGCAUGUCGUCGCGUUUGCUGGGUGACGUUUUGAUCCAGAUCUCAGACAGUCAGAGGAGACUCACCAAUGAGCUGGAGGGAGUGUUCCGCUGGUUCCAUUCCGAGGUCCUUCGAGAGAUGGAUGACAAUGUCAGACUAGAUAAAGAAUACAUAUUUAACAGCAGGAGGCGCUAUGAGAUUGAAGUGAGAAACCAGGCAUCGGCACUAGAGAGACAGAUGAGGCGAGGGGUCCCACAGGACGGCAGCGAAUAUGUGCACUUUCUCAGAGAGUGUCAGAGAGAGGCGUUAAAGGAGGAAGAAAGAAGAUAUCGAUUCCUGGCAGAGAAACACAGCGGCUUCACCCAGUCCAUUGCGUAUCUCAUGAACAAGACAGGGGGCGGCCUGCAAAACAGAGCCGAGGGGUGGAAAGAUCUGGUGAAUCACACGAGAGAAUCCCGUCCACGCACUCCUUCACGACUGGAGGACAACAUUCCGGAUGUAAACCGCUGGUCAGAGCAACCACUGGGCAAGAUUCCCUCUAGAGGCCCCUCCCCUCAGCCCAGUCGUUCCAACUCCAUGUCGGGAUUGGCCGGAGGCAAAGUGAUGCGAGCACUGGUGCCCCACCCUCCCUCUGCAAACUCCACCCUCCUGCCGUUCUCCCGAGGAGAAACCAUCACCCUACUGGUUAAAGAGCCGAGGAACGGCUGGCUGUUCGGCCGCUCUGACAGCUCUGGACGGCAAGGCUGGUUCCCUGCUGCUUAUGUAGGCCCCGUCGAUGAACCACCUGGACCUCCUCUCUCCAGCUCUUUCAGGAGCAGCAGCAGUAUGAGUAACCUCCUCAACCAACCCGUGAGCAGCAGGCAACAAACAGCUCCACCUGCACCUGCACCUCCGCCACCACCUCCUCCAUCAACCAGAUCCAGCAAUUCCCGGCCGGUCACUCCCACACCUUCAGAAAACAGAAGACAAGAUGACUAUGAGUCUCGACCACAACUUUUUCCAAGAGGCACAAAUCCAUUUGCUACUGUCAAGCUGAAACCCACUAAAACCAAUGACAGAUCCGCUCCACGCAUAUGAAUGAUAUUUCAACCAAUGAACAGUUCUUCAAAGGCUAAUCAGUGGUGCACAUUUCACUGUACAUUGUUCAACCGUUUUCAAAAACAUAAAUAUUCCAGCAUAAUCAGUACAAAGCAUCACAUUUACGACAAAGCGACUCAAGAAUGAUAAAUGACUAGUCUUUAAAAGUCCAUUAAAGCAGGUAGUUAAGAUAAUUUACCUUUAUCUUCAGGCUGUUGGAGGGUCUGCGGCAGCAAACACAAUUAAUAACACUCUUUUACAUGUAAUGGCCCCAUAAAUAUUUGGCUGCUUAAGUCACACUUAAAAUAUGUGAAUUUCAUGAAGACAUUAACUAUGAACAUGUUGAACUAACAUCUGAUGAAACGUUACAAACUUAUUUUUGUGAAAUGUUUGGCUUGAAAAGUGUCAAUUGAAAAAUGUUCUUCUUUUAAAAAGUCUACUUGGUUUGAUCAUUUCUGCGUAUUUUAAAACAUCACUUCCGUUCUCUUGUAGUUUUAUAUGCUGGACUUGUUCUUAUGAACCAGGAAAUGUAAAUGCUGGUCAGCUGAAGUGCUUUUAAGUGCUGAGAUAAGUGCGUCUUUUCUAUUUUUCCAUUUCUAAAUAAUUGUAUACAAUUUGCAUUAUGUUGGCAAAACACCUCUUAAAGUAUCGCAUGUCCUCUGAAAGCACUUUAUAAAUGUAUACUGUCAUGUUUGUUGCUGUUGGGGCUGGUUUAACUACAGUUCCUCUGAUAAGAGACUAUCAGUCUCUCUCUCCCGCUCUGUGCUUGAACUUUGUCUCUCGGCUCAGUUAAUUCAUCUGAUGCAUCCAAUUAUAAGCUGCCCCUAAAUUGGCUGUUCUGUCUGCUCAAGUGCCUAUAAAGUGAAUGUUCAUUUUAACCUUGACAGUAAUUGGUGUGACCUUCUACUGAGGUGUCAAGCCCAUUAGUAUAAACCCAUUUGUAGGGAUGUCUUGUAUGUUAUCAGCAUUUUCUUUUUCUUUUAGAAUAUUUUUCAUUUUAAUUGAUGUUGAAUAUUCAAAACAGAAAUAUGUUCAUGUAUCACAGCAGUAAUUUGCGUCUGUUACUAUUUGACCAGUGACUACAGGAAAAUAUACAAUGUACAGUCUUUCUUGUAGACAUCUUGAACUAAUUCUUUACAUCUUGAUCGGUUUGAUAAAUAAAAUAAUGUGAAGUUG